AAAAAAAAAAACCCUAAACUUCGUUUUGGGUUAAUGGGUUCUCCUGUUCCAGUAGGAGUAUAAGCUGCCCCUGUUUGGCCGCACAGCUUUCCUUUGAGGCAAUUACACUCGAAAUUGGUGAUUUCUGAGAGUGCUCGAAGGGAUCGCAGAACACGGCACUUGAAUAAUGGCCCAACCGCAGCAACCAAUGGAACAGGUUCAGUGCUUCGGCCGCAAGAAGACCGCCGUCGCCGUCACUCACUGCAAACGCGGCCGUGGUCUCAUCAAGAUCAAUGGCUGCCCCAUCGAACUUGUGCAGCCGGAGAUCCUCCGAUUCAAGGCUUUCGAACCUAUCCUCCUUUUGGGCAAACACCGUUUCGCUGGCGUCGACAUGCGGAUCCGCGUAAAAGGAGGUGGUCACACCUCUCAGAUAUAUGCUAUCCGCCAGAGUAUAGCCAAAGCUCUCGUCGCUUUCUACCAGAAAUACGUCGAUGAACAGAGCAAGAAGGAGAUUAAGGACAUUCUGGUUAGAUAUGAUCGAACACUCCUUGUCGCCGAUCCAAGGCGCUGCGAACCCAAGAAGUUCGGUGGUCGUGGCGCUCGUGCUAGGUUCCAGAAAUCAUACCGUUGAUUUUUUCCCCCCCUUUUUGUAGGGCAAAAGGUGUUUGUGUCAAUUUCUUAUUUUCUUUACGUUUUCCGGUUCUUAGGUUCAUGCUGUGAACAAUUUUCGAUAUCGACUUAUAGUUCCAUAAAUUUUGGUAUUUCGCUUGCGUCUUAUUGAGAUGCUUUUCAAGAGUCAAACUUGUUAUUAGUUCAGGGAUUUAGAGCUCUGGUUUAUUCUGCUCAUAAAUGGUCACAUAACCUUAUUGAGUUGCUUUUCAUUAGUUUUGUCUAUAAAUUCUUUAUCUGCUUCUUGAUUA